AUGAUAUGUUGUGUCUCUGCUGUUAUACUUGCUCUAAUAUUUUUAUUUAUAAUUAUUUUUGAUAAAGUAUAUCGUAAAGUUGGAAUGAUACUUGUUGUGAAUUCUUGUUUAGCUGAAUUUAUAUUUGGAAUUUAUUUACUUGCUGUAACUCUAUUUACAUUUCACAAUGAUCUUAAACAAAUUUACUUCUACGAUUCAUUUUGUCUUAUAACGGCUUACAUAGGUUAUAUGUCAAUUGGACUACAAAAUUAUUCUUAUUUAUUACAAGCAAUCUAUCGAUAUAUCUUGAUUGUUAAUCCAUUGGGAUUAUUCUAUCAAUCAGUUAAAUUUCAAGUUUUUCUCAUAAGUUUCACAUGGAUAUGUUGUAUUAUUUAUCCUAUUCCAUUAGUGUUUACUGGUCAAAUAAAAUAUCUUGUUGAUGAUCAAUUAUGUCAAAUACCUCCUGGAUUUUCGUUUGUAACAAUAUUCAAUGCAUUUUAUAUCUAUCUAUUUCCUAUGAUAAGUAUAGUAUUAAUCUAUUUAAAAAUGGUUCGAUAUGUACGCGAGAUGAGUAAACAUGUAACUCCAGUUAAUAGAUUAUUUCAUGCUCAACGAGAACUAAAAAUGAUUCGACGUAUAAUUUCACUUGUAUCCAUUUUAAUAGCACUUGGUUUACCUUAUCAAACUCUUAUUAUUGUGUCAUUCUUUAAAAGUGCACCAAAAUAUCAUUUUCGUAUUGUUUUUAUAUUUAUCAAUGCAUCAUUGGUAUUUGUCUUGAUUGCUAUUUUAGAAAUUACAGAACCUUUGAAAACUUCUUUGAUGAGAAGAAUAAAUGGUCGAGCAACAAAUGUUGUACGAACAGUGGCAUAA